UACUACAGUGAACGCAUGACAAGAAAUACCGGUGCGCUGUAGUUGUUUUGGUCCCUUUUUUGCAAUUGAAUACUUUUCAUGUCGAAAACGGCGAAAAGCAGUGUCAAGCAAGCUUGCAUUAGCAAGUUUUUCGUGCCUGUAAAUAAACCGGAAACUGGGAGUUGCUCGUCUGCAGAACCUCAGAAGUCAACAUCUACUGAGAAAAAGAAAUCCUCACUGAGAGAGCCAAGGAAAAAACGCCCUAGGCUUUGUGACCAAGGAGAAAAUGAAGAUGUCUCUAUUAGUGGAGGUGCUAUGGAUGAAGAGAAAAGACCCAGUCCAAGGGACAAACUUUUGCCAUCGACUCUUGUCCGUCUUCAGGGAUUCUGUAGUACUUCUGCUCAGUCAGACAAGGAUACUAUGAAAGAAAAAUACAUGUAUAAAGAAGAAUCCACACUAGAACUUACUGGGGCACAGAGCAGUAGUCCAGAAGGUGAAAUGAAGCUAGAUGAGAAGGAACAGAAUGGGUCAAAAUGUGAUUUGAGUCGAUUUUCAUCCACCAGCUUAAGACCUGAAGCCCAAAAGAAUGAAGUAGAUUUCAUACCUCCAAACAGGCGGACAAAAUGCAUCUACACACCCCUAGAACUGCAGUACCUAGAAAUCAAGGAGAAGCACAAGGAUGUCUUACUGUGUGUGGAAUGUGGCUAUAAGUACCGCUUCUUUGGAGAUGAUGCAGAGGUUGCAGCAAGAGAACUAAAUAUUUACUGCCAUCUUGACCACAACUUUAUGACAGCUAGUAUUCCUACUCAUAGACUAUUUGUACAUAUCAGACGAUUAGUUUCCAAAGGACAUAAGGUGGGAGUGGUGAAACAGACAGAGACAACAGCACUGAAAGCAGCUGGAGUAAAUAAGAGUGCACUUUUCAGCAGGAAGCUGACAGCUCUCUAUACAAAGUCCACACUUGUGGGAGAAGAUGUAAAUCCUCUGCUGAAGAUUGAAGACCUAGAUGAUGCUCAGGAUGCAGUGGUUGACAUUCCAAACAGUUACCUUUUGUGCAUCUCUGAGAAUUGGGAGGGAAAGAAAUGCAAAAAGCAAGGACCUGUUAUUGGCUUGGUGGCAAUACAACCCAGCACUGGAGAUGUUAUGUAUGACAGCUUUCAGGACUCGGCUUCACGCUUUGAGCUUGAGAGCCGAAUCCUUCAAGUGCAACCUGUGGAAAUCCUGUUGCCAUCGUCAUUGUCUGAGGAAACGGAGAGACUGGUCAAUGGAAUUGUGGCUGCAAGUACUCAAGAUGAUGACCGAAUUCGAAUUGAGAAAAUGGACAGUGAACAUUUUGAGUACAGCAGUGCUUUUCAGUUUGUUGCUGACUUUUAUGGCGACACCACUUCAAAUCUCACAGGAGUUCCUCAGCAGCUGUCUGCUAUUACAUAUCUUGAUAGACCAGUCAUAAUUUGUCUGGCAGCAAUUAUUCGCUAUCUUACAUAUUUUAACUUAGAGAAGGUUCUGUCAAAUACAAGUGCUUUUAGGUGGCUUUCCAGUGAAGCUGAAUGUAUGGUGCUCAGUGCAUCUACUUUGAAGAACCUUGAGAUAUUGCAAAAUCAGACAGACUGUAGAGUAAAAGGAAGCUUGCUCUGGGUACUGGACCAUACACAAACCAGUUUUGGAAGACGGCUAAUGAGAAAAUGGGUAACGCAGCCACUAAAAUCAGUAAAAGACAUUACCCUGCGGCAAAAAGCAAUAGAAGAAAUUUUGUCAUCAGAAUCUAGUAUCUUUCCUCCUCUUCAGGCUCUUCUCCACAAACUACCAGACCUAGAAAGGGGUAUCUGUAGCAUUUAUCAUAAAAAGUGUAACACACAGGAAUUCUUCCUUGUAAUCAGUGCCUUGUGUCGCAUAGAAGUGGAACUUCGAUCUCUUAUGCCAGCUACUCAGUCUCAGGUGCAAUCUAACCUAAUUAAAGACCUCAUUCUGGAUAUCCCCAAGUUAUUAGUUCCUGCGCAUGACUUCCUAGCCACCAUAAAUGAAAAGGCUGCAAAGGUUGGUGAUAAAACUGAGCUGUUUGUAGACCUGAAAGAUUUUCCCGCCAUCAGGCAAAGGAAAGCUGAGAUACAAGAUGCUAUUUCUGAUAUUCUAGAGCACCGAAGACAGAUCUGUUUGGUCCUAAAAAAUCCUUCCUUCAAUUAUGUGACUGUAUCUGGACAAGAGUAUCUUAUUGAGGUGAAGAAUUCCAUGCUCUCACAGGUCCCAAACAGCUGGAUCAAAGUCAGCAGCACUAAGUCAGUGAGCCGCUUCCACACUCCCUUCAUAGUGGAAAAGAAUCAACUUCUAUGCCAGCUCCGUGAGCAGCUCAUCUUGGACUGUGGAGAUGCCUGGGUUACAUUUCUGCUCCACUUUGGGGAGCAAUACCAUGUUUUUAGGAAGGCUGUUGGUCACCUAGCAACCCUAGACUGUGUGUUCUCACUGGCGGAAGUUGCUAAACAAGGCAAUUAUUGCAGACCUCUGGUUUUGGAAAAUGAGAGACAGAUUCGGAUCAAGAAUGGCAGACAUCCAGCAAUUGAUUUAUUAUUAGGAGAACAAGACCAGUAUGUGCCCAAUUCAACAGAACUGCAUGUGAGUACUUGA